AAGUUCUAUAUGAAUCAAAAUUGAAAGCGCGUGCAUAUGAUAGAUGUACAAAAAAUGUAGAAAAUACGGAUACAAAUGAUGAUUUUUCAAACAAACGCCGUAGGCAAGAGAAGGAUCAUGACACAACUACAGCUACAGAAAGGAUCGAACGAACGCAUUUUCAAUUUAGUACUGAGGAAUGGGUUAAGUUGGUUAAGGACAGACCUGAUGUAGUUCGAAAAUCCUAUCAUCAUGAAAUAGAGCAACUUAUUUCUCACUUGUUUAGCCAAAAAAUGGAUCUUCGAGAGGCUCGCAAAAGAUGGUAUGAAAUUAGAAACCUGGAUGCACCUGAACACAAAAAUGAGUUCUCGUAUGCAGAGAACGACUGGGAGAAGUUAAAACGCUGGGUUGAAAGAGUAACUGGGCAAUUGGGGGAAAUUACAGUCCUGGCAACCUUACGUCGUCGGAAUAAUGAUAAGGAUAUACUUGUUGAAAGGCUUGAACGGGGUCAUCAGGUUGAUCUUCUAUGCAAUUAUGAGCAGUGUGAGAUUGCUUGUGCACUGGCCUGUGGUGGUCCUUAUUCCUACGAUUUAACUAAGCUUGCUUCCGAUGAAUACACGCUUCCAAGAAUAAUGAAGGACAUGCUCGAUGACCUAGAGUUAAAGUUUCUUCAUACUGGAAAAGUUCGGGAAGUUGAAAAUGUUAUUGGUGACGAUGAUGAUGGGUUUAAAACCCCUCCGACAACUAUAUUGUCAGCAAAGGAAAACGAAAAAUUAAAACUUAAAGAUUCAA